AAUUGGCUGCAUGCCAAAGUAUCUAAAAUAACUUCUAAUCCUGAGCUGGCCAUAGUAUUGGAAGAUCGAGUUCAGGAUGACAUCACACUUGUAUUUUCUGUGUUGUAUUUUAUUUACUGGAUGUUAUCGAAAUGUCGAGGCAUCCUGUGAGGUACCUAUGUGCACAUGUUUAAUAGACGGAGAGCAAGUUCAAGUGGAACAAAAUCUUGAAGGGAACGAAGCAUUGGCGGGAACUGUUGGUGCAUUAAGUUCACUGCUUGUAACCGGAAGUGCACUUGGGUUGUAUGUUCUUUACCAGAAACGAUGUAAGUCGCCCGAGAUUUCGAGGCAGGUGUCAGAUUUAUCCAAUAAUAAGCCACCUCCUUCAGGACGAAAAGGAAUGUCCCCACCACCGCCCUAUCGACCGGAUACCUCUGCUUCCAGAAACAUAUACCGGGCUGGAAUGAAAGACCCCACAAGUCAUCGCGUGGGGAACCGCAGCGCCACACAGCACCUGUACGAUAGGAUGUCAGACUGGAAUUAGA